AUGGAUGAGGUCGUCCGCUCGUUCGGCAGGGGAAUCUCCCGUGCUGCGCGCGGCGUCCGCAGGAAGGUUCAGCGAGGUCAGCAUUCGUCUGAUACUUCUUCAGCUGCUUCGUCGUCCGCCCCAUCCUUGACCACUUCGUCUGGCACCGCCGAGGCCACCGCACAUGCACCACCACCCGCGCCCGCUCCGAACGCCCAGCCCGAUCUCGAAGCCCAGCUUCCGGUUCACCCGGCUGCUCAUUCACAGUACACGGCCGUGCCGCUUGCGUCGCCGCCGCCCUUCACCCCGACUGCACCGGAGCCGGCCUCAUCAUCGCCUGCUCACACUGCGCCUAAUAACCAUGUCCUCCCUACGCUGACGCUCGGCCCGUCGGCCCAGCACCCCACUCCCGAUGAUGCAUCGCCUCAAGCUCUCUCCCCUCACUCAACCGGCACCUCAUCCGCCUCCGAUGCUCAGACCUUAACCAACAACAUCACUACCCAGACUCUCACCGUCCCAGGCACCCAGUCUCAGUCCGUGUCGCCGUUGUCACCCCCAUCGGCUGUACUUCACUCACCCAACACGGCUCAGCUCUCUCCCUCAUUCACUCCAUCUGCCAUAUCCUUCGCACCUCAGGUUCACCCUAAUUCUCCGUCCCCUCAGCCGCUCAACCUCUCGGCCGCCGCCUCGCCGGCUCAGUACUUACCCUCGCCUCUCGAGUCGCCCCUCCCCCUCGACCUCGAGCAGCAAAUCUCUGGCAAAGAUGGCGGCUCGAUCCGACCCCAGAGUGGCCGGAGUGGCCGACCCCGGACGUCCCGCUCCCGGCGUGACUCGGUCAUCGAAAAAGUCGCCUCCUUGGACCCCCGCCGCCGCUCCCGCAGCCUUGGCCCCAGGACCGGCAACAGCCUGAUGGACCUUCCACCCGAGCUGCACCUUAUGAUCAUCGACUACCUCGAGUUCGGCGAGCUUGAGAACCUGCGCCGCACGUGCCGCUUCUACCGCAACUUCCUCACAAAGCAGACGAUCCGCGACCUCUUUGGCGAACAGUUCCGCCUCGCCCUGCUGGCGCACUGCUAUAUUUGCUUGAAGUACGACCCCACCCGCGGAAGCCUGCUCUGGGCAGACUAUAACCACCCGCGCUACCCGCUCGCCAGCAAGUGCGUCGACUGUGCGUACCAGGAGGACGAGCUGGCUGUGGGCAAGAAGGUCGCUCUGGGGAACUACGCCAGCGUGUGGAUCUGUCGGUGGUGCGGGUAUCCCGUCGCGAGCACCCCGUCGCCCAAUCAGCCCGAGUUUCAUAAGGACUGCUAUAGUCAUUACAACAACGUUCUCCUCGUGUAUUUCGUCUUGGGUUGGAUCCAGUUGAGUCUCGGUAUCGUCGCCUCCGGGCUAUGCUGGAGGUUUUUCAGGGACGAGAUCUUGGUCUUGGUGCCAGCCAUCGUCAACUUCGUUUUGCUGUGGUGGUGCUUGGCUUUCCUUGUCGUUAGAGGCGAGCACAAGCGCACGUAUCACUUUACUGGCAUACUCGAAGCCGCGAUACUCGCCCUCUGGUGUUUGCCUCUUUAUAUUCUAGUUAACGACGUGGAAGGCGGCGUCGUCGGAGCCUGGGAUCGGAGGGUCUUGGUGACCAUGAUCUUCAUCGUGUUGAACAUAAAUAGGGCCUUUCGUCUCUUGAACUUCCUCGGCAACAUCAUCCUCACCCUCGAAUGGCGACACUUUGCGCGGAAGAAGCCCAGGCUGACGCCGGCCGGCCGGUUCGGCAACAUGGUCCUGGCCUUCCUCGUUUACUGGACCUACCCGCAGGCCGUCGAGCAGGAGUAUCCGCCACAAUACCACUUCAUCAACACCGGCCGACGACGAGUAAAGAGAAUCCUUGCCGAAAGAAACGCGCAGCGGCUACGGGAGCAACAGCAAAUAAUGACCAUGAUGUACUGA